AUGGAGAGCAAUGCUAGUGAGCUUAGCCAAUUGAAGAAACACCUUAGAAAUCACACUGAAAAAAAGGCUAAUGAGUGUGACACAAAGAUUGGUCAAUUAAAAAAAUACCCUAGAAAUCAUUCAGAAGAAAAGCCUUAUAAGUGUGACAUAUGUGGUAAAUGUUUUACAAAGAUUUUCCAAAUAAAAAAACACCUUAAAACUCAUACAGGAUUAAAGCCUUAUACUUGUGAAACAUGUGGUAAAUGUUUUUUGCUGAUCUCAGGUUUAAAGAGACACCUUCUAAUUCAUUCAGGAGAAAAGCCUUACAUGUGUGACACAUGUGGUCAGUGCUUCACACAAUUUGCACAUUUAAAGAUUCAUCAUAGACAUCAUACUGGAGAAAAACCUUACAAAUGUGGCACAUGUGGUAAAAGUUUCACAGAAUCUAACAGUUUACUGAGACAUCACAGAGUUCAUACAGGAGAAAAACCUUUCAAGUGUGUCAAAUGUGGUAAAUAUUUUACAGAUUCAUCACACUUACGGAGACACAUCAGAAUUCAUAAUGAAAUUAAACCAUACAAGUGUGACAUGUGUGGUAAAUAUUUCACAGCAUUUUGGGAUUUAAAGAUACACCUUAAGAUUCAUACAGGAGAAAAGCCUUUCAAAUGUGACAACUGUGAUAAAAGUUUUUUACAGCUUAUCCACUUAAAGAUACACCUUAAAAAUCAAAACUAUGAAAAGUCUUACAAGUGUGACAAAUGUGGUCAAUGUUUCACAACAAGUUAUUCUUUGAACAACCACCUUAGAAUUCACACUGGUGAAUUACCAUAUAGGUGUGACAAAUGUGGUAAAUCUUUUGCAUUGAAGAGCACUUUACGGAAACACUCUACAAUUCAUACUAAACCUCAUAAGUGUGACAAAUGUGGUAAAUGUUUUGCACUCCUGUCCUAUUUACAGAACCACUGUAAAAUUCAUAUAGCAAAACAGCAUUACAACUGUAACAAAUGUGAUAAAUGGUUCACAAAAAUAAAAUCUUUACAGGAACACCAUAGAAUCCAUACUGGUGAAAAGCCUUACAUGUGUGACAAAUGUGGUAAAUGUUUUGUGAGUCUGACCUAUUUACAGAACCACUGUAAAAUUCAUACAGGAGAAAAGCCCUUCAGGUGUGAAAAAUGUGGUAAAUGUUUUGCAUUCUUCUCCAUUUUAAAGGCACACAAUAGAAUUCAUACAGGAGAAAAGCCUUACAAGUGUGUCACUUGUGGAAAAUGUUUCACAUAUUCCUCAGGUUUAAAGAAGCAUCAAAGAAUUCAUACAGGAGAAAAGCCUUACAGGUGUGACACAUGUGGCAAAUGCUUCAGACAAUUCUCAAAUUUAAAGGGUCAUCAUAGAUAUCAUAUUGAAGAAAAACAUUACAAGUGUGUCACUUAUGGUAAAUGUUUCAGACAUAUCUCAGGUUUAAAGAACCACCAUAAAAUUCACACAGGAAAAAAUAUUAAUAAUUGUGAAGAAUGUGGCAAAUGUUUCUUGGAAGUUUCCACUUUAUUGAAACACCAAAAUUCUCAUAAAAUAGAAAGGCCGUACAGGUGUGACAUAUGUGGUUCUCGUUUUGGACAACGGCGCACUUUAAGAAAUCACCUUAGAACUCAUACUGGAGAAAAACCUUACAAGUGUGACAAAUGUUGUAGAUGUUUCUCUCGGGCUUACUGUUUACAGAGACACCAUAAAAUUCAUACUAGUGAAAAACCUUAUAAGUGUGACAAUUGUGGCAAAUUGUUUAGGGAACUUAGCUAUGUCACAAGACACCUGAGAAUUCAUACAGAAGAAAAACAAGUGUGGUCAUAUGACAACCGCAACCAAGGUGACAACCUUAGGCAACAGGACAACACUAGCCAGUAUGCAACUCUAACCAUCAUGAUAACCCUAGCUUCACAAAGAUGGCAACAUGCUAAUAUGACAAUCCUAGCCAAUAAUUCAACCAUAGCAGUAAACCAACAUGACAACCCUGGCCAACAUGACAAACCUUGGGGAACAUGA